UACACAGGCGUGUUUGUUUCUGCAAAUGUGUCGCGUUACACUUUCACAAAUUCACCAAAUAUCAACACGCACACACACACACACACACACACCAAACCAUGUGCGUGUAUCUUGCACAAAAAUGUGUCAUUUACUCGCGUCCAUUUUGCACCGAUUUCGCCUCGAAUGCAGAAAUCCUACGAGUCUGUCAGCACGUUUGAAGGUAGAUUUUGGAGUAUUUUGUCCCUUAAGGGCUCAUCUUUGUCGAGAAUAAACAGUUGAAGGCGCAAGAGUUGUUGUUUCACAUAAAUGUAGCUCAUGACCUAAGCACAGGGAAACUUUUCUAGAAGGUUUCUGCAGGAGAAAAGGUCACUGUAGCCCCAUCUGCUGUUGGAGAAGGGGCACAGGUGUUAUUUUGCACCUGACAAUGUCUGCUUUGUGGUAAUGAUUAACAGACCAAUGUUUGCAGAAGUCAAAUUACUUGGUUUAUAAGCUGACCUGUUGAUACUAAAGUGCGCUGUAUCUGUGUACAUGGGGAGUGCUUUUGGUUAUUUUUACACAGUUUUUCAAAUGAAAUUCAACAGUUUCGUAUUAAAUGACAAAUAUUAUUUUUACAGAACUGCAAAUUGACUGUAAUUUUGCCAAAAUGAAGUGUGUAUUUUGAUAUGAAAUACAUGUGUUGAUGUUGAAAAAUAAAUUACAGUCUACAUUUUAAUUUACAAAGUAAAUUUAAUGCAUGCAUGUUAGGAGUGAUAAGGGAUCAACUGAUGUUUGCUUGUUUGGUCAAUACCAUUGCCGAUUAUUGCCAGUCAAGAAAGAACAAUUACCAAUAUUUGGAUCUGUGUGAUAUACUAUAGCAUGUGAUAGUAGAGAACCUGUCAUUCAUAACUAGGUUUCUUCAUUAAUAUAAUGUGACUAUAACUUAAUAUAUAAAAUUGAAAUAGGAGUGAUUAAAGUAGGACACUCCUUUGUUUAUGUGCAAUCAACUGAGAUCAAUCAGUUUGUGUCCUGUAGUUACAUCUGCUGUUUUUCUCUAUUUCCCUUAAUCUGUCAUUGUUGUAUUACCAUUAUAGCCCACUGAGGUCCAUAUUUUCAAAUAUUAUUAUUAGUUAUAGUUAUCCAGACCAUGUUUCAGGGUAAUCUGUGGCUGCCUUCUAACUUAGCUGCUAGCCAUUAGCCAUUAGCUUUAGUCACUGUGAGAGAAGGUAAUUUCCUGGUUUGUGUUUCUUGUUCAAUUUUUGCUGCCGGAGUGAAAUUUCCGAGACCAGAGAGUGAAUACGGACAGAGAGAGGUGUUAGCAUCAGACCUCAAGUAGCAUGUUUAAUUCAUCAAUAAUCGUUCAAUAAAAAUAGUGAUACAGAUAAUCGGAAAAAUGCCAGAUAUCAUCCACGAUAAUCACUCUAUCCCAAGGAGGGAUGCUCUUCAAAUCUACAUGGUGACUGUUCUUUACAAAAGUAUCUGAACCAAACCAGUACACUCUUUCUCCCUUCCUAUGGACCUUUUCAGAGCUGCCUGGACCGAUACAAUGGCCAACACUGGCAAUCCGUGUAUGUGUUCAUUGGCCAACGAGUAACAACAAAUUGCAGGCCAUAAAUGCCGCAGUUUAUUUAGAAACAAUGUUUUAUUUCAUAGAUUGUCCACAGGAGAGCAUGUCCAAGUUUAUCGACUAUAAAUAUCUAGUUUAUCUUCACUCGUUCAGUCUUGCUGAAAAGGGAUAUAUUGUGUAUUGUUUACCACUAACCAGUCUUUGAUAAUAAUUUUCCUUUCCUUUCCUUUCCUUUCCUUUCCUUUCAUAGUCAUUUUCGCUUGACAUAGAAGGUGCAGUAGUGGUAGUUAGGAGCUGUGUCCUUAUUUUUUCUCUCUGAUUGAAGCAACAUGUUGAGGUAAAAGUUGUUCUGUAGCUAUCUAUAUCGCUAUAGCUUGCUAUUUUAUCAACCUCAUUCUCAGUCCUAAUUACUAAACGCUGAUUGGCCCAUUGUUUCUCUAAAAGAUUCAAACAGCCAUCGAUGCGCCCAAAACAAUAAUCCUGAAAAUCAAACAAAUAAAAUGUGUAGAUCAUGUGUUUCUGUUAAAAAAAAUCUGCUAAUAUAUUGUUAUCCGAUUUAUUUGAAAAAAAGCAUCAAAUAGUGUAGGUCUUUACCUCAAUAAACCAGUUUUGGUUCAGCUAGAGAGUUAUCUUCAGUGAUAUUUCCUGUCAGGAAAAUUACAAGCUGCAGUAAUAUUUACCCUUGUUUACUGUUUUGACCACACCUAGUGAUAGUUUGCAAUGGAGGACACCAUUGAGGUGAUUUUGCAAGACCACGGCAGGGUCCUUCCUACCAGCAAACCUCAUCCCGUCCUGUCAGCCUGUACAGGUGCUCUGCUCACAGGCCUGUAUGGAGUGUGGAGCCUCUUUGUCGUACCUGGCUUCCGCAGAGUCCCGUGGAAACUCAAGGUUCCUUAUUUGCCCUCUAGUAAAGAUCAAACACUGAACACUAUGAAGCUGCUUGAGGGACGAACAGGUCGCUUAGCAGAUCUGGGAUCAGGAGAUGGAAGACUGGUGUUUGCGGCCUCUUCUGCUGGUUUCCAGUGCACAGGGUUUGAGAUUAAUUCCAUUUUAGUGGCAUAUGCCAGGAGCAAGGCCUGCUGGACAGGCAUCCCUUCCAGCCAGACAGCCUUUGUUAAGCAAGACUUCUGGAAGACUGAUUUGUCCUCCUACAACAAUGUGACUGCUUUCCUUGCUCCAGGAGUAAUGAGUGUGUUGGGUGAGAAGCUUUUGAAAGAGCUUCCAGAUGACGCGCGUGUCAUUGCUUGUCGUUUUCCGUUCCCUGACUGGCCACAACAGUCGUCUGCUGGCUCUGGACUCGACCAGACUUUUGCUUACGACAUGAACACUGUGCGCUCACACCUGAGAAACGUACUGAACACAGUGGAGAAAUAAGUCAAAGUUUCUUUCCGGCGCUGUCAUUCGCAACAGCACUUAACCCUCCAAUCACUUUCUUUUUUUCUCAGACCAGACAUGCAAAAUAAUGUGGUGAGAUACUUGAAAGAAACCAUACAAAGAAGACACAUUGAUAGGACGCAGUCAAAAAGCACUUUUGGGCAGUAAAUCAGUGAUGUCUGCCUUUUGUGAGCGCUGAUUAGGAGUGAUCCUUCUGAAAGAUGUUUCUGAACAUUGCAACGAUGAGAAGGACUCUGACUAAGCAAAAUGUCAGAAAGAUUUUGACAUCCCUUGGCGCCUGCAGUAUUUUUUCCGGCUUUGCUCUUCCAGAACAGACUGAGCAGUGCCGUAUUGCUCAUGAUCUUGGUGUAAAUGCUGUCAUGCACCACUAUCUACAAUGUGGCUUUAGCUGUCUGUCUAAGCACUCCAACGCUACUAAUCAUUAAAAUUUUGCUAUUUGCUAAUUUGCAAGCGACAUUGGGAGAUCAGUGUUUUUGAGAGGUGUGUAUUAAUUUUGCAAGGUUGCAGUUAGAUUCAUGUGUGGUGUUUAAAAUAAAUUAAUGCCUUUGUUCUAGCUUGAGGUCAAUCUGAGAUUUGUUCCAUCAGUCUCCCAGACAGAUGGUUAGACGCAGACGUUUGUAUAUUUCGUGUGGGCACCCCAAAGGUGGUCUAAAAUCAUUGUCUGUGUCAUCUGACCCUUGUAGGUGAUGUGGGAUGCACAACAGGGUGAAGAAAUGAGCACUUUAGUUUGACGAUUGUGGGUAUGUACGCUAUGUAACCAUGUGCUUGUGUCUCUGAUAGCAGCUAAACUUAAGAAAUUUCAGUAAAAUUUGCUAAGAAGUCAAAAAGUGGUAAAUUUUUGUUAUGUAUAUAAAAUUAAGAUUUAAUUACCAUUAGAAAUGUAUCAUUUGGCUACUGGUUGUAUUUUUAAUAUAGAUUGAUAUAGAUUGACAGAUUCCAAACAAUAACCUUUGUAAGAUACCACAUUUGAGGGAUUUUGCAUACUUGGUGGAAGAACUUGCUCUUUGCAUUUCCUUGUGCACCUUAUUGUCGUGUCUUCAAUAAAUUACAGUACUGUAA